UAUUGAGUAAUGGAUUGAUUUGCAUGAAUAUAUUCCAUUCAUAAUGUCCUAAAAAAGUUGAACCCGGUCUCCCUACCAAAAAAUUUUUUGGGAUGCCAAUUCUCUGUCACAAUCAAUAUGCAUCAUUUUGUGAAGGAUCUCUAUUAUAUAUGUGAUAUGUCCUAGGAAAUUUGGAUGACUAAAUCAUACAUCUUAUGUUCUUCAAGCAUUCUAGCUGUUACUCUAUAAUGGAAAUUUCAACUGAAGAUAAAAUAAAGCAUAACAUCAAUAAGGAGCUUUACAGUGCAUUGAUGAAGCAAGAAUCAAAUAAAGUUAUACGACUCUGUCAAGAACUCCAAGAGGGGCCAUUGCAUAUAUUAACCGUGCACGAUGACACAGUUCUCCAUUUGGCUGCCUUCUCUAAACAAACAAAUUUGGUUCUCCGGUUACUUAAAGAGUUGGAAACGCGAUUUCCUGAGUUUCCUCUAGAUGGACUAAAGCAUUGCAAUGAUUUGGGGGAUACCAUUCUUCAUGACAUAGCCACUUUUGACAGAUCAGAUUUAGCUGCAAAAUUAAUAUUGGAUAAAGCACCUGAUUUACUUCGUGUGCGCAAUAAGGGUGGAGAUUCUGCUUUAUUUCGUGCUGUUCGUUAUGGGAAUGAAGUGAUGUUUAAGUUUCUUGAUGAACAAGUGAAUCAACGUUUUCAUGGUGAUGAGAGAGAGGCUUGUUAUUAUAAUUAUGGUGGAGCCACAGUUCUUCAUGCUUCUGUGCGCUGUCAGCACUUUGAUUUGGCCCUGUCGAUUGCUAAAAAGUAUGAUUAUUUGGUCCAUGAGCGAGAUGCAGAUGGAAUGACUGCUCUUCAACUUCUUGCAUGCAACCGACAAGCAUUUGAAACUCAAAAACGUUAUAGAGUGCCUAUGGUGGAGUGCAUGCAUCAGCAAAAGCAGAGACAUGAAUCAGUUCUUGAACUUGCAAAGUUCUUGAUAGCAAAGGAUACUUCUUGGGAGCAUUCAGAGUCUGCAUUAAAUAAGGUCGAACCUCGAUAUCACAAAUAUAGACUAAAGUCAGAUGUUUCAAAAGGCCAAGAAAAAGAGGAUCAACGUGGUGUUGCACAAGAAGGACAAGCUGUUACAAAAGUGGCUGCGUCACCAUUGAUCCUAGCAACCAAAUCAGGUUGCACGGAAAUUGUGGAGGAAAUAUUGAAAACGUAUCCUCAAGCUGUGGAAUAUAUUGACAGUGAAGGUUGUAACAUUUUGCACGUCGCUAUCAAGUACCGCCAGAUGCAAAUCUUUGACAUAGUUAAGAAAAUGGAUAUGCCAAUGAGGAGACUCAAGAUAAAAAUUACUCAUAAGGGAAAUUCCAUAUUGCACAUGGUUGGUAUAAAAGAGGACCCCGAAAUUGCAGAUAUGAGAAUCCCUGCUCAUCUGUUGCAAGAGAAUUUGCUCUUAUUUGAGCGAGUGAAAGACGUCUGCUCAAAUGAUUUUUUCGAAAUUAUUAACAACGAUGGAAAGACGGCAGAAGCGUUAUUCACUAAAGCAAAUGCUAAACUUCGUUCAGAAGCAAAAGACUGGCUUAAACGCACUGCGGAGAACUGUACAAUAGUUGCUGUGCUCAUUGCAACUGUGGCUUUUGCAGCAGCCUAUACUAUUCCAGGUGGUCCAAGUCAAAGCACUGGUUAUCCCGUCCUCAUGGACCAUCCAUUCUUCGUGAUUUUCACCAUUGGAGAUGUGCUCUCCAUUACCUUUGCUUUGACCUCAAUGAUCACCUUUCUCUCAAUUCUUACCUCUUCAUUUAUGAUGCAUGAAUUCAGGCGGUCGCUUUCUGAGAAGUUAAUUCUGGGGUUUACCCUCUUGAUUCUUUCUGUGUCGACGAUGAUGUUAGCAUUCGCGUCGACUAUAAUCUUGAUGAUUCACUAUAAGGAAAGGUGGACAAAAAUUGCUUUAUCUUCCAUGGCAUUCCUACCAGUGACCAUCUUUGCAGUUUCAUAUUUUCCUCUGUAUGUCUCAUUAUGGAAGAACUUCAACUACUCAUUAAGGAAAUUAGCCAAGGAUAUGCGAGAUUAUUAUAUCAGGAAGGCCUAGUGAUUCCCCAUUGCCAAACUCUUCCAGUCUCCAUUAGUCUAAAUCUACUAAAAUUGGCAUUUCCACAUCUUAUUUUUAGUAACAAAAUAUGUGAUAGUUGUUGUGUUUGAUACAUAAAGGGGCUUUAGUCCAACCAAGAAUCUUCACAGUAGUCUUGUAUCCUUGAAAUGUAUUCUAAUAGUAGGGAUGUGUUAUCAAUGAAUGUAUGUUUGUCAA